AUGGCACAACCCGGCUCAUCUGGUGUGCCUGGCCCUGCAGGGCGCAGACUUCAUAUCGCCCAUCGACGCAGUCCGUCCGAGCUCACUCCGCUCAUGAUGGAACAACUGGCUCUUCAGCAACAAAUCGAGUUACUACAACAGCAACAACAACAGAUCGCUGCUACUCAUCAGCAGUACGUCAACAUGGGCAUGAUUCAGCAGCCCUUGCAAGGCAUGCCCACCUACUCCCCCAUUCAAGGGCAACCCAAUCUUUCGGGGAUCUCACCCAACAACACCAACUUUCAGUUCCCCCAAAUCCAGCAGCAAAUGGCAAUGCAGGCGAAUCCCCCUACACAGCCCGCUGCUCACCGUAGAAAUCAGUCCGCGCUUCCGGGGAUGGCCAUGGGCCCUCCGCCAGCACCAUCUGCUGGCACUGCUGGUUCAGUCUAUGGUGAUUUCAACCAGCAGGCAAUGGUUCAGAAUCGUGAGAACGUCAGUGGUCGUGGCGGAAGAGGAGGUUCUGCACAGAGUGGACAUACUCGACGUCAUUCGCUAGCUCUUCCCGAGGCAAAGAAGGCCGCUGAACUCGCAGAAAAGAAGCGGACCGCUGCUGGGUUCCAGUUCCCGAUCCCUGGAGCCGGGGGCAUCGCGGAAAGUCCUGUGGCUGCCACGCCUGCCGAUGACAGAUUGAAUACACCUGUUACUCCCGGCGGGGGAUUGGGUCUCCAGCGUGCUGGCAACGCCCGUAUGGUUGGUCACAGCCGGAGCCAGAGCAUGGCCGCUGGAGGUGCCCGCGGUGGUGGUGCGGCUGGUCGCGGGGGUGGUGCGUUCCAGUUUCCAUCUCAAGGCGAUGCUGGUGCAGGUAACCAGUCAGAACUGCAGCGUCGUGGUAGCCAAAGCAAUCACACCAGACAAGGAUCCCGUAACUUUGAGGGCAAUUGGCGUCAACAGAAUAAUCAGCAGACGACGGAGCAGUCGCCUCAACAGAUGGGUCAAUUCAGUCAACCGCAGGCGAUGGGCGGUGGAAAUUUCCAGCCUGGCCAUCGUGGGCGAGGAUCAAUGAAUCAGUCCAUCGGUUCUAUGAGUGGAUUCCAAUACCCCGGCCAGCCACAGCUGGUGCAACUCCCUCAAGGCCAGAUGAUGAUGGCACCUCAGAUGUUCGCUGGCCAGCAACUGAACGCUUUGCAAAUCGCGCAGCUUCAGGCCAUGCAAGGUGCACAACUUGGCGGUCUUCAAGCCAGUCAGCAUGCUCCGCCAAUGGGUUUGCAACAGCAACAGCAGCAGCGAAAGACACUUUUUACCCCCUACCUCCCGCAAGCUACGCUUCCUGCGUUGCUCAACGAUGGGCAGCUGGUCGCUGGCAUCCUCCGAGUGAACAAGAAGAAUCGUUCCGAUGCCUAUGUCACUACCAACGACCUUGAUGCAGAUAUCUUCAUUUGUGGUAGCAAGGACCGGAACCGCGCGCUCGAAGGUGAUUUGGUUGCAGUCGAGCUACUUGACGUUGAUGAAGUCUGGGGUCAGAAGCGUGAGAAGGAAGAGAAGAAAAAACGCAAAGACAUUACCGACACUCGCUCAUCGGGUAAUACCCAAAACGGCAAGAGCGAUACAUCGUCGACCACUGACACAACCUCCAUUGCGCCAGAUGGUAGCAUCCGACGUCGCGGCAGUCUACGUCAGCGGCCAACGCAGAAGAAGAACGAUGACGUUGAGGUCGAAGGUCAGAGCCUGCUCCUCAUGGAGGAGGAAGAGAUCAGCGACGAACAGAAACCUCUGUACGCUGGCCAUGUGGUUGCCGUUAUUGAGCGCGUUGCUGGGCAGAUGUUUUCAGGCACCCUUGGUCUACUCCGACCAAGCAGUCAGGCCACGAAGGAAAAGCAGGAAGCGGAGCGACAGGCACGAGAUGGAGGACAUUCACGAUCUGAGUCUCGCGCCCAAGACAAGCCAAAGAUCGUAUGGUUCAAACCCACCGACAAACGUGUGCCUCUGAUCGCCAUCCCAACGGAACAAGCCCCUCGAGAUUUUGUCGAUAAGCAUAUGGACUAUGCCAACAGAAUCUUCGUGGCGUGUAUCAAGCGUUGGCCGAUCACUUCCCUACAUCCAUUCGGUACCCUUGUCGAACAAUUGGGCGAGAUGGGUGAUCUCCGCGUCGAGACAGAUGCCUUGCUUCGAGACAACAACUUCGGAUCUGAUGAGUUCUCCGACGCCGUCUUGAAGAGUGUUGGAUGGGAUGACUGGUCGUUGAAGACUGAGGGCGAAGAGAGUCUAGCUGCACGCCUCGACCUCCGCCACGAGCGAACUUUCACCAUCGACCCUAAUGGCACCAGCGAGCUCGAUGAUGCUCUCCACAUCAAGCAACUCGACGAUGGCUUGGUCGAGCUUGGUAUUCACGUCACGGAUAUUGCACAUUUUGUCAAGGCGAACUCGUUGGUUGACCGAGAGGCCAAGAAGCGAGGAACUGGCGUUUACUUGAUGACCAGGGCUGUGAACAUGUUGCCGUCGAAACUGUCCGCUGACAUUUGCUCCCUCGUUCCGGGCGAGGGUCGUCUAACUGUGAGUGUGAUCUUCAAAGUCAGUACCGAGACAGGGCAGAUCGAAGGAGAGCCUUUUAUUGGAAAAUCGAUCAUCCAGAGUUCUGGCAAGCUCGGAUACCGUGCGAUCGAUGCGGUCAUCAAGGGAGGCGAGCAACCUGAAUUGCAGGGGCCCACAGUCGAGGACAUCAAGACUCUGCAUAAGAUCGCCAGCAAAUUCCGAGAAGCCCGCUUUGGCAACCGCUCCGAAAAUAUUGCCCCUCUACGACUGCUUUAUCAACUCGAUGACGAGAAUAUUCCCGUUGAGCAAAAUAUCUUCAACACAUCUGCCGCCCACGAGAUCAUGGAGGAGAUCAGCUGCAAAGCAAACUACUUUGUUGCGCAGAAGAUUUUUGCUGCCAUGCCUGACAAGGCCUUUUUGAGAAGACAGGCGCCUCCCAAUCCACGUCGACUUUUGACCUUUGUCGAUCGCCUGACCCGAGCUGGCUAUGACAUCGAUAGCACUAGCAGUGGCAGCCUGCAGAACAGUCUCUUCAAGGUAGGAGACGCAGAUCUGCGCAAGGGAAUGGAAACUCUGUUGGUCAAGACAUUGCAGCGCGCCAAAUAUUACAUUGGUGACCAGGUUGCAGAAGAGCAACGUCAGCAUUAUGCCCUCAACUUGCCUCUCUACACUCAUUUCACUAACCCUUCCCGCCGAUAUGCCGACAUUGUCGUUCACCGGCAGCUGGAGGCUGCUCUCUCCAAUGGUGCUGUUGAAUUCAAUGAAGAUCUGGAGAGCUUGGCCAAGACAGCCGAACAGUGCAACAACAAAAAAGACUCUGCUCAUUGCGCUCAGGAACAGAGCGUUCACAUUGAAUCGUGCCGGCUUAUGGAUAAGAAGAGUAAGGAAAUGGGUGGCGAUCUUAUUAGCGAGGGUGUUGUCAUUUGCGUUUACGAGUCUGCGUUCGAUGUUCUUAUCCCCGAAUAUGGAUUCGAAAAGCGUGUGCACUGCGAUCAGCUUCCGUUGAAAAAGGCCGAGUUCCGCAAGGAAGAACGAGUUCUUGAGCUUUACUGGGAGAAGGGGGUUCCGUCGUCCGCUUACGUCCCGGAGGACGAAAGACCGCGUGCCUCGGUGAGCACUAAAGGCACCAAUGGUGCAACCGAGUCCGCUCGAGAACGCGCCAAGGAACGAUACGAAUCGCAACGGAAGCAGACGGACAGCAACACCAUGUCGACUGACGAUGUCGACGCACUCUUCGAUGAUGAGGAUAGUGCAUCCGAAAUCACUGAGAUGGCUGCUGGCGUUUCUCUGAAUUCUCCGGUUGAUCGAUCAUCUCACAGUAUGCCCCCAUCGCCCGCCCGUAACGGCGGGUCGAACCAAGCACAAGCUAGAGCGCAGUCCGAGUCAAAGAUCGCCAAGCGAGCUGGCGAUAUUCCAGAGAAUAAUUUGACCGACAAGGAAAAGUAUCUGAGCUACUUCAAGCUCCGAGAAGAGGGCGGCGAAUACAUUCAAGAUGUGACUGAAAUGACUCGUGUGCCGGUCAUUUUGAAGACUGACCUGACAAAGAGUCCCCCGUAA